CAUGGAGAGUAUAUAAACCAACGGACGGAAGCGAAUGAAAAAAAGGAAAUCCCGAUCUUUGAAAACGUGGGAAAGGGAAGCAACUCAGGAGCGAGGGGAAGAUAGAGGGGAAGCGAAAAAUAGCGACCCCCUCUUCCUUGUGUGAUUCUCAUCACUCCAUUGCUGCAUAGGCUCACGAUCGGGACUGCUCGAACCUCCUACGAGCUUUUGCGGUUGCCGUCGCUUUCUACGACGGUUUUCUUAAGUCAUGGAGCCCUAUGGACGGAGCCCUGCCGGGGAGGGCCGCCGCCCGGAUCCUGACACUGGACUCCAAGAGUCUAUGUGGCGGCUGGGGCUUGGUGGCAGCAGUGCCAGCGCUGGCGGAGAUUUUCUUUACCCGGAGAGACCGGGUGAGCCAGACUGUGCUUACUUUAUGCGGACUGGAGCUUGCGGGUACCGAGAGAGGUGUCGAUACAAUCACCCCCGUGAUCGCGGAGUUGUGGGAGGUGAAGUGUUUUGGCCUGGAGCUAGAGAGUAUCCAGAGCGUGUGGGGCAGCCUGUCUGCCAGUACUACAUGAAAACUGGGACUUGCAAAUUUGGUUCCUCGUGCAAAUACCACCACCCACAAGGAGGAGGACCCGUGCAGUCGGUUUCUUUAAAUUACUAUGGAUAUCCGCUCCGUCCAGGCGAGAAAGAAUGUUCGUACUACAUGAAGACAGGACAGUGCAAAUUUGGUUCAACUUGUAAAUUUCAUCAUCCUCAACCUUCUGGUUCCUCUCUGCCCACCUCUGCACCAAUAUUUUAUCCCACGGUGCAGCCCCCUUCAGCCCCUUCAGCCCCUUCAGCCCAACAAUAUCCUCAAGUGGGAGGUUGGCAAAUUGGGAGGUCAGCUUUGACGGGGGCCUACAUGCAAGGUUCAUACGGACCCAUGGUGCUCUCUCCUGGUGUCGUUCCAGUGCCGGGUUGGAGUCCUUAUUUGCCACCUUUAGCCCAAACUGUUUCUCCUACUGCACAACAGUCUGUUCAAGCAGGACCCUCUUAUGGGCCGGCAAGUCAGUUGUCUCCCUCAGCACCAGCUUACCCUGGUCCUUAUUCACCAGUGUCUUCCACUAUUGGGCCUUCAAGCAGUAGUCAGAAAGAUCAUCCUUUCCCAGAGAGGCCUGGGCAACCCGAGUGUCAGUUUUACAUGAGGACUGGCGAUUGUAAAUUUGGUGCUACCUGUAAAUACCAUCAUCCACCAGAUUGGAAUAUACCAAAAACAAAUUGCAUUCUCAGUCCUAUAGGUCUUCCUCUCCGUCCGGGAGCUCAGCUUUGUGCUUACUAUGCUCAACAUGGUGUGUGCAAGUUUGGACCAACAUGCAAGUUUGAUCAUUCAAUGGGGACAUUGAGUUACAGUCCUUCUGCAUCUUCUUUAGUAGACAUGCCAGUUGCUCCGUAUCCCAUUGGAAUGUCCCUGCCAACUUUAGCUCCAUCAUCCUCUUCGACAGAGCUAAGGCCAGAAUUCCUUCAUGGCAAGGAUCCUUUUCUGACUCAAACAUCAUCUGAUGACUUCCAAGCUGGUUCUGUUGGUCCAUUAUUGGCGAAGGGCCGAUUUUUACCCCAUGCCCUUAUGAAAUCCUCUUCUCAAAUGCCUGCUUCUACAAGUAGCAUCUCGAAAUGACUAGUUCAAGUUGAGAAAAACUGUUUCAAACCAUUUUUUGGACUUGGAAAAGUAUAUAUGAUGAAGUUGCAACAUGUUUAAUGUUCUUGUCGGAAGCGAUGUAUUAAGCUUAGGAUGUGUAUUCUUAUUCAGACAGCCUAAUUCUUACGAGUCUCCGGACCAUCCUGUUCUCCUACCGGAUCAAAUCUUUGAUGGUUUCUUCUGUUCAUAUUGUCUCUACCCACUCAGCCUUACUUGAAUAAGUUAUCUCCAACAUCCAAAUCAAGGUAUACCAAAAGAUUAUGGGUUUCCCACCGUUUUCUUCUUUUUUCCCUCUAAUAACUGCAAUGGGUAGUGCAACUGGUUUGACAUAUGUCACGGCUGUGCUAAUUAAACUCAGCUGUUUUCAUUUAUAUUGCAAUGUUGUUGAAAUGAAUACUUGGCAAAUAUACUCUAUAUGUUGUAUGCAUAUAUAAAGCUCUCUGUUACUUUCUUGUUUUAAUCA